CUCUUCUCGUCAACACACAUUUAAUCAUUCAUCUAUCUCUUGUGACUAUUAACUACCGUUUUUCGACCACCACUUCUCUCUCUCUCUCUCUCUCUCCACACCAUGUUGGAUCCUCACAAAACUUGCUUACCCUCUCUUCACAAGUUUGCUACAAAAUUUCUUCAACAACUCAAGACCUUGAGAAAUCCUAAACCAUGGAAGAGAAGAAAACCCAAUAUUCUAUUCUCUAGAAGUAACUUCCAAACCUCCACUUUUACAUCCAUGGAAGUACCAAAUCAACUCAAACAUGUCUUCCAAUUCUUAGACUCCAAUGGUGAUGGAAAGCUCUCUCCCCUGGAGCUAAGCCAAGUCCUUCUAAGCUUAGGACACGUGGACAAAUCCACGGCCGCCAAGGAAGCGAAAAAAAUGGUUUUAGAAAUGGACCGCGACGGAGAUGGGUUGGUGGACAUAGAAGAGUUCAUGACAGUUGUGAGCAUCGACGAAGAAGACGAUGAUUUAAUGGAUGCAUUUGCAAUGUUUGAUUGUGAUAAGAAUGGUUUGAUUUCAGUUGAGGAGUUGCAGAGGGUGUUGAGGAGUUUAGGGUGUGAUAGUUGUAGCAUUGAGGAGUGUAGAGAGAUGAUUAAAGGGGUGGAUAGAGAUGGAGAUGGUUUUGUGGAUUUUGAUGAGUUUCGAUCUAUGAUGAAAGGUAUGAUGUGACAUUCAAAUGUGGCGGGUAUGAUGUGACAUUCCAAAAAAAUUAAAUUCCCUAAUGUACUUUUCCUAAAUGUGACUACGUGACGGGUAUGAUGUGACAAGUAAAAACUCCUUAGUGUACUUUUUUUAAAUGUGACGAGUAUGAUGUGACACUCCAAAAUAAAAUUAAGGUAGUGUUUAGUAGAGUUUUAGAAUUAUGAUUUGAGAAUAGAGUUAUAUUUUAAGUUUGUAA